AUAUCGAGUGCCGAGGCGACUGGAAACUGGCAUACCCGAGUUCGGCGACAUGAAAAGGAAAAGGAGAAGGAUGAGAAGACAGACAGAAGAGAGGGAAAGGAGCGGCCGGGGAGAGCCGCGGCGCGGCGCAGGGCCUCUGUUCCGCUCGGCUGGUGGCCUCAGAGAGAGGGUGCCGGUAAAACCUCGGCACGGACCCGCCGAUCCGCAGUCGAAGAUACGCCUCGGUCGCACCAUGGCGGCUCCGCGCUGGUUCACGUAUCUCUGCUCCAUCUGCCUCCUGGCCGGAGUCUGUUUGGCCAGUGACGACAAAACAGACAACGCGCAGCUCCUGACACAAGCAAACGACGCAUCCGAAGCAUCGGAUGGAGGCUCUAAGGCGGAGCGAAGCGUCAUUUACCGUGACGACUACACGCCUUACAAGCACGAUGACUACCGGGACUACAACUCUCCGUUUCCUUUCGAGAUGCGACCUCCGUUCGCCUCGGCGCCAUCCGGUCGCAGUCGCCACCCGAACGAGAUCUUCGAGCAUCCCAAGUACCGACCGGCGGCUCAGUACGUGCCGUACCCGAGGCCGAGGUACCCGUACCACGGGUACGACGGUCCGCGGCCGGAGCCGUACUCGCCGCCCGUGUACGUACCGCGGGGUCACGCCCGACCGGAGCCGGUGCCGCACGCCGACCCGUUCCUGGAGGUCCACCAGCGCGUGAACGCUCAGUUUGAGCCGGAGCACGCGCCUCCGCCGCCGCCGGCCGCCCACUACCCGCCGCCCCCGCCCGAGGUGUACCUGAGGCCGCUGCCGGCCGUGUACCACGCGCCGCCCCCGCCCCCGCCGCCGGCGUACCACGAGCCGCGCCCGUACGCACACAGGUUCCCCUACUCUGAGGACGAGCCAAAAGAGCACUCCUCGUCCCGGCAGCCUAAGUCGCUGAACCCGGCACCGUUCAUCGCAGCGAUCGCCAACGCUUAUCAAGAGAACGAGAAGAACUUCGGGGUGAACCGUCAGGGAAAGCUGGAGCACCCAGUGGGUCACCCGCGGCCGGUCCAUCUGCGACCGGAGCACCCGCGUCCGGAGCACGCUGGGUUCCGGGAGCACCCGCUGUUUGAGCGCGUGCGGCCCACGCUGCGGUACGCGCCGCCCCAGCUGCCGGGGCCGCUCUACUCACUGGCCACGGCCGGUUCUGAGCUGACGGCUUCGACAGUGCAGCCUGACGGCAUGGCGGCGGACAGUGGGGAGAUGGGACAGGAGGCGUGAGCACAACGGCGACAGAAGAGAACAAUUUUGAACAGUGGGAAAGACUGGUUGAAAGGCGUGAGCAUGAGGGGCAAGAGCUUGAGAGCAGAAGGAGUGGCAGUACAUAUAUGUACAUAGACGGUUGGCAAAUUUGGACGGCAGAAGGGACCGUACUGUGAACAUAGAACUAUUUCAACACCUCAGUGAUCAUCAAAAAAUGUUUCGAAAGCGUAUUUAAUUGUUACAUCAAAAAGUUAUAUUUAUACCAGCACACAUCUGCGCAAACGGCAGUUUGUCCCACGCGUAGAGACCGUUCGUGUUUCACGUCUCUCAGUGACGAGUUUUCCGCUGUGCGGCAGUAACAAACUAUUAUGUGUGUGUGUGUCAUGUCAUCUCGCGGAGAGCCGAACAGCCGCCAUCUGUCGCGAUCCGUGGCCGUCUGCUCCCGUCGCCGGUGUGGGGGUGAAAGCCGUCUUUGCACCGUCUCCACCGUCUGUGGUCAGCCAGCCGUGUGAUUCCAGUUAUCUCAUGGCGGCGCCACCGAGAGAGGUCUCACCGAGGAACAGUCGAAACAUCCGUGCGACUGCAUCCGUAAGUGGGGCUUUGCCUGUGGACGCUAUGCCAAUAAAUAAACAAAUAAACAAUUAACAAUCCGGUCAAUAACACAAACCGAACGGAAUCCCACCGUUUAAAUGAUUUAAAAACGUUACCAGUUCAAUUGCAGCGACGCUGGGCACGCCUUGUUGCCAUGUUAUUUGUAUGAAUGUAAUAUAUGUGCAUUGUGCGUUGUACUGUACAUAUAUGCUGAAUCAUGUACCGAGAUACACUAUAUCAUUGCUCAAUAAAACGCCUUCUAAACAA